AUGUCGCAGUCCAAAGCGUUCAAGGCAAGGCUCGUGGCCGACCCGUCGGUGGGCGUGUCCGAUCUCGAGAAAGUGUUGACAACCUUCCUCGACGAGGUCGUGAAGCAGGGUAAGAUCGACAUGAUGGAUUUCGUCCUCCGCCCCAGUGGCAUCAAUUGGAAGUCGGCUUGCUCACCGCCGUGGCUGGUGAGAUUGUCGCCUCUGCUAAAAUUGUACCUGGGUGUGGCGAGAAACGGCGUCAUACCGACGAAGAAGCACAAACAGGCCAUUGAAUCGGUUACCGCUGCGAGAUCAUUGAACACAGGUAGAAAGGUCUUAGCGGACUUCGUCGACUUGAUCGAUGACUCGAUCAGGUGUGCUCUUUCUCACUUGAGAGGCCUUAUGGUUUCGGAGGCGAAAGCUCGGGCUUUCCGCCGGAUGGAUCGCAUGCAGCAAGAGACGAUUCAGGGCCUCUUGGAUCUGCUCUCCCCCAGCGAGGGUGAUGGUCCCGAAGAGGGGCAUGCGGAAGUGGGAGCAAGUGGGAGCUCCCAUGCUUUGGUCCCAGCGAAUGCGACGGAGGACCGGUCCUUGCCUGAAAGGAGAGCUUCGACUUCGUCUUUCUGCUCCUUGGGCUCUUUGGGCUCCGCCAGUGACAGUGUGGAUCCAGCUAAGAUCUUCGAAAGAAUCCUAAACCAGAAGGAUUCGAAUGAGUCCCAGAAGUCGUUCGGGUCUGUCGCUGCUCCAGCAGCUCGCAUCGCCGCUACCCCUUCUCCUGAGAAAGGUUUCCUUCCGGGGUUGCUGAAAGAUGCAGGCCUGGACAGUGAGCUGUCUGCGGGCGACUUAGAGAUCUUGGAUGGCUGCAAGAAGCAGCAGCCCCCCUCGAAGCCGAAGCCGAAGGCCAAGAAUGGCAAGAAGGGUGGCAGCACCGUGGCGGGGAAAAAGGCAGCGGCGGCUGCAGUGGAGCCUCCCGCUGUUGAUGCUGGGGCCAAGUCGGGCAAGAAGGGUGGCAGCACCGUGGCGGGGAAAAAGGCAGCGGCGGCUGCAGUGGAGCCUCCCGCUGUUGAUGCUGGGGCCAAGUCGCGAAAGAGGGCUUAUGUUCCGGAUGAGGAGUUGGAUCGCACGACCCUUCGCAAGAGGGUUGUUUCGCGAGCUUACCAUCGCACCGCAGACCAUGCCCUUGCUAUGGGCAAGAGCAAAGAGGAUGCCAAGAAAAGGGCCCGGAAGGCGGCCGGUAAGGCGGGACAGAAGUUUGAUCAGGAGCACCCCAGAGAGAGCAAGGCCAAGAAGUCGCAGGCUGACAAGAUUCCGCAAAAGAAGUCGCCCGAUGGCUCGCCCGAUGGCACGGUUCACCCGGAUUCCGAUGGCACGAUUCCUAAGACAAGGAUUCAGGCUGACGGCCCGGCUAAGAGCAAGAAGAAGCCGAAGCAUGGCGAGAGCACGAUUCCGAAGAUCUCCGAGGGCACGAAUCCGAAGUCCGAGGGCACGAUUCCGAAGUCCGAUAGCACGGUUCCGAACGGCGAUGGCACGAUUCCGGAUGCCGAUAGCACGAAUCCAGUUGCCGAGGGCACGAUUCCGGAUGCCGAUGGCACAAAUCCAGUUGCCGAGGGCACGAAUCCGGAUGCCGAUAGCACGAAUCCAGAUUCCGAUGACACGAUUGCGGCCGAGGGCAAGAUUCCGCCUAAGAAGAAGAAGAUUCCGAAGAAGAAGAUCGGAAAGAAGUGA